CAUUUUUCUCAUCAUUAUGUCACCAAAAAAACCCUAGUGAACUGAACUGAACUAAACUAAGAGUCUAAGACAUAUUCCUAAUUCAAUGGCUGAAACUCUCAGGGAUGACUACUACGGUUACCACCAGCAGCAGCAGCAGCAGAACCAACCCAUAACAUUCACCCAAACAAGAACAAGGAAGGGAUUUCAUCCUUCUACUUCACAACUCAUAGUACUUGCUACUCUUGUACCUUUUGGAGCAACUCUUCUCAUUCUUGCUGGUCUCACACUCACUGCCACCGUUGUCGGCCUCGCUGUCACCACCCCUCUGUUCAUUUUCUUCAGCCCCAUUUUGUUAGCUGCGGCUGUCGUCAUUGGUUUGGCCAUCGCCGGAUUUUUGACAUCCGGUGCUUUCGGUAUUACCUCGCUUUCUUCCUUUGCUUGGGUAGCAUCAUAUCUCCGUCGUUCACGGUUUCUGGAGAAGGUUAACGUUAAACAUCAUCAUCAUGCAAUUGCAAAGCCGCCACGUUUUGAUGCGGAUGAGACUUUGGGGCAUGAAUCUCAGAUUAAUUUGGAAGAUCGUGAUCGUGUUGAAAGCAUGGCCCAAGAUAAGGUUCAGGAGGCCCAAGAUAAAGUUCAGGAGGCCCAAAAUGAUCAACGUGACGUAGGAAAAACGAAGAAACAAAACGUAAAAAAAUCUUCAUGAGUUUGGUUCGUUAAGUGAACAAGAGUUUACUAUGACGUAUGAGGAGUCACUAUUUUCUCUGUUUCCUGAUCCAUGUUUAUCUCGUAGAGUAGUGUGUGUUUUUAGAGAGAAAAAAUUAGUUGUAUGUUUUGUUAUUGUUAGUGUUUAAAUAUGUACUGGUACUUUGUAAGAAUGGUUUAUGUUUUGGCAUCUAUAUAUGAAUAAAUUCCUCUUGUCACAAAAAA